AUGUGUAGGAAUUAUGGAGAAGGGAAUAAGUGGAUACAGGGAAAAAUAAUACAAAAAUUAUCACCUGUUACAUACUUAAUUAAAAUUAUUAAGGGUAACAUUUAUAAGCGACAUUUAAACCAAAUAAUUGAUUGUAAGAAUAAAAAUGGAACAGAAGUAGAAAUUAAUGGAGAUUUAUUAGAAGAAUUACAAAAUGCUGAUAAUAAUAAGAGUAAUAUUAAAGAACAAAUAGUUAUAAGUGAAAGUGUUAAAGAGGCAGAAAAAGAAGUAGAAUUGGAAACAGAGGAUAAAGUUGAGGGGGUGGAAUUGAGGAAAAGCUGUAGGGUUAUUAAACCUCCUGUUCGUUUGGAUUUAUAG